CAACAUUUUCCGAAUCAGACGGCGCCUUCCCAAAUCCCACGAGAAUACCCCGCCUCUUCUUCUUCCUCUGUCCUUCCGUCCCCAUGGUGCCGCAGCCUCUUCUCAUGCGGCUCCUCCUCCUCGCCGCGGCCGCAUCCGCAGCCACGGCAGCAGGUAACGGCUGCAGCUCCGGCUGCAACCUCGCGGUGGGCUCCUUCACCAUGGGGCAGAACGACACCCUCGCCUACAUCGCGAGCCUCUUCGGCAUCGACGACUACCGGAAGCUCAAGCCGUACAACCCGCGGUCACGGUUCUCGAAUAUUAACUUGUUGACCGUUGGCGAGCGCAUCAACGUCUACUUCCCCUGCCGCUGCCUAGCGCUCCCGGCCGCGCCGUUCUCGACCUACCUCGCUGGCUCCUUCCCCUACAAGGUAUUACCACUCGACACCUACAGCAGCAUCGCCGCCAAGUUCAGCAACCUCACCACCGCCGACUGGCUGGUGGCCACCAACAUCUACCCGUCUAACAAUACGGGCGGCCGCACGGUGACGGUGAACGUCACGGUCAACUGCUCCUGCGGGGACCCGACGGUGUCACCGGAAUACAAGCUGUUCCUAACCUACCCACUUGGUGAGGGGGAGACGUUUGACUCCGUCGCGGAGAAGAACGGCUUCUUGUUGGAGUCAGAUAUGGACCUGUUCAGGAAGUAUAACCCUGCAAAUGACAGCAGGAUCGUCUAUAUCCCUCUCAGAGGGGUUUCGGCCAUUGCUUCACCAACGGAUUCACCGAGCAAGGGUCCAUGGAAAAACAGGGCGGCAAUAAUGGCUAGCGCCUCAAGCGUAUUGGGACUAAGCAUAAUACUAAUUUCAUUAUUCUUGUGGUAUAAGAAAUAUUAUGGCAUGCUACCCUGGCAAAGGGGUUCAAGGAAUGCACCAAGGAUUGAAUCUUUCCUGCAAAAGCAAGGGACUUCACACCCAAAAAGGUACAGUUACUCAGAGGUAAAGAGAAUGACCAAAUCCUUUGCUCACAAGCUUGGCCAAGGCGGCUAUGGAGCUGUCUACAGAGGCAACCUGCUUGAUGGCCGUGAGAUAGCAGCCAAGAUGCUGAAGGACACCGAAGGCGAUGGGGAGGAGUUUAUGAAUGAGGUGGCUAGCAUCAGCAGAACAUCUCAUGUCAACAUUGUUACUCUCUUAGGAUAUUGCCUUCAACGUCCAAAAAGAGCUCUUCUCUAUGAGUACAUGCCCAAUGGUUCACUCGAGAGAUACACUUUUGGCAGCAAUUCUACUGAAGGAGAAGACACUUUAAGCUGGGAUAAAUUGUUUGAUAUUGUCAUAGGAAUCGCACGAGGAUUGGAGUAUCUCCACACAGGCUGCAACACCCGUAUCGUACAUUUCGAUAUCAAACCACAAAACAUUCUAUUGGAUCAGGACUACUGCCCAAAGAUAUCAGAUUUUGGACUGUCGAAGUUGUGCCGGCAAAAGGAGAGUAAGAUCUCCAUUGCCGGGGCAAGAGGCACGAUAGGGUACAUAGCGCCCGAAGUAUUCUCGAGAAACUAUGGAGCAGUGGGUAGCAAGGCUGAUGUGUACAGUUACGGGAUGGUGGUUCUUGAGAUGGUCGGGGCAAGGAAGCAGAUCGAUGUUAGCACUGAUGACAGCAGCAGCAAGUAUUUUCCCCAGUGGUUGUACGAAAACUUGGAUCAGUUCUGUGGUGCCACCGCCUGCGAGAUCAGCAGCGACAACACCACGGAGCUCGUGCGGAAGAUGAUUAUAGUUGGCUUGUGGUGCAUACAGUUCGUACCUGCCGAUCGACCUUCCAUGGGCAAGGUCCUUGAGAUGUUGGAGAGCAACACUGCGCUCUUGCAGCUGCCACCCAAGGCCUUUUGAGCUGGUUAAACAGAGCAUCAGCAGCCCAACUUGUAAACUUUUGCUCUCCUCUUUCUGAUUGCAUACUCUUUUAGUGGAGUACCUACUGAUUUGAGAUUUUGAGUGCAGUCCUUCAAGCUUUUCCCUUUUUCAAAGGAGCAUGCUGAUAUAGUAGGGCUUGAUUCCCUUUAAUCUAUGGACAAAAAGGCUACCAAAGUGGUUGCCACCAGUGAGAUGUU